AAGAAGGAAGGUGCUCAGAAAAAGGCUGCUGAUCAAAAAACCAAAGUGCCAGAACCUACUAAGACCUGUUCAAGCCAGCCCCAGCCUGCCGGUUCCAGCCCCAGUACUUCCACCAGCACUGUCUCCAACAGCAGCAGCAGCAGCAAUGGGAAACGGCCCUCUGCCAGUGGCCAGCAGCCAGCUGCAUCCCGUUACCUUCCUCGUGAGGUGCCGCCACGCUUCCGCCAGCAAGAACAGAAGCAGCUACUGAAGAGGGGCCAGCCAUUGCCUACAGGAGCUCUGACCAGUGUGAGCCCAACCCAGGGUGCUGGGCCUGCAGCCGUCAGCCCACCCCCCCUCUCUGGAGCCAGCCCGCAGCAGCCCAGCAAGCUCCGCCCAGAUCUCAGCCACGGCGGAUUGGUGGAUCACUAUGAAAGUCCCCAUUGGGGACAGCAGCCCCCGCACCGAAGCGAGGCCAACUGCAGCUGGGAUAAAGUGACAGCAGAUAGGCCCGACCAGGAGGCGGGGCCUCCCACCAUCGGCACUGAGACGGAAGCUGCCUCAGAAUGCCCCACAGACACUGACUCUGCGUCCACCUGCGGCUCGGAGAACAGUAGCAUGGCUACAGGGAGCACCCAGGGUACCUGCACCGGCCACCCCAAAAAGACAAAUGGCAAUAAUGGCUCCGGCAGCGCCCUCGUCCAAAGCACAGCCACCCCAAGUACCCUCGGAGCCGGGGCAGCCAGCAGCAACGGGAACUCAGCCAGAGGGUGGGGUAUCACCACAGGCUCCGGUGCCGGCCUGGCCCACUGCUCCCUGGGUGGCGGCGGGGAAGGGAAGCUGGACAAUGUGAUGGGAGACGGUCGGAGUCCGAACUGCUGGGGGGCUUCUAGCUCCAAUGCCGGCAUUAAUCUAAACCUUAAUCCCAAUGCCAACCCAGCCGCCUGGCCGGUACUUGGACACGAAGGGACUGUGGCCACAGGCAACCCUUCCAGUAUUUGCAGUCCAGUCAAUGCCAUCGGCCAAAGCCUGGGCAGCCAGAAUGGGAGUGCCGCGGGCCCCUUGGGUGCUUGGGGGAGUUUGCUGCCGCAGGAGAGCACCGACCCACAGACACCCCCAGCCCCAAAUGUGUCGAUCAGCAUGCACCCUCAGAACCUUAACUCUGACGGACCAAAUAACACUAAUCCCCUGAACUCAUCCCCAAACCCUCUCAAUGCAAUGCAGACCAACGGACUGCCAAACUGGGGGGUGGCUGUCGGUAUGGGGGCCCUCAUCCCGCCCCACCUGCAAGGCCUUCCUGGUGCUAACGGCUCCACAGUUUCUCAAGUCGGUGUGGGGGCCGGCGAAGGCAUAGGCAGUUCUGUGUGGGGCCUGUCCCCAGGAAACCCUGCGGCCGGAAGUAGCAAUUCUGGGUUCAGUCAGGGCAAUGGAGACACUGUGAACUCGGCAUUAAGUGCUAAGCAAAAUGGAUCCAGCAGCGCCACGCAGAAGGACGCCAGCGGAGGCAACGCCUGGGACUCGGGGCCGCCCUCCGGCCCAGGAAUACUAGCCUGGGGCCGGGGCAGCAGCAACACUGGCGUUGGUCACGGCCAUUCAGCAGCCUGGGGCCACCCUGGCCGCAGCUCAACCAAUGGUGUGAAUGGGGAGUGGGGGAAGCCCCCAAACCAGCAUUCCAGUGGUGAAGUCAGUGGAAAAGGCUCAGCUGGGUGGGAUGGUCCUAGUGUCAGCAGCCAGAGUCCCGCCACGCAGCCUAGUGGUGACCCGAUGGCCUCCUGGGCAAAGGCAGUCCCCGGAGCACCUGCGAGCGAAGGAAGCUGCGACAGCUCUGGCCACCACAAUGAAGGAAGCAGCAUGCGGGAGGGAGCAGGCGAAGGCCGCCGGCGGGAGAAGGGGGUCGGAGACCAAGGGCACAUCCAGUUGCCCAGGAGUGAUCUUGACCCAAGAGUCCUGUCCAACACCGGCUGGGGCCAGACACCUGUAAAGCAGAACACUGCCUGGGAAUUUGAAGAAUCCCCUCGUUCUGAGAGGAAGAGCGACAAUGGGACAGAGGCCUGGGGUUGUGCAGCUGCUCAGCCUUCAAACUCAGGGGGGAAGAACGAAGGGUCCAUCGUGAACAGUACAAAUACCUCUGCAGUAUCUGGGUGGGUCAGCUCGCCCCCUGCUGCUGUGCCCGCAAAUGCAGGCUGGGGGGACAGCAAGGCACCCAGCGGCCCAGGGGUCUGGGGGGACUCAGUGAGCUCUGCUGCUGUUAACAAUGCUGCCGCUGCCAAGGGCAGCCACACCUGGAGUGGGGCCGCCCCUCAGGAUGACAAGUCAUCCACCUGGGGGGAGCCUCCAAAACCCAAAUCACAAAACUGGGGAGAGGGACAGAAAGCCAGUCCUGCGUGGAGUACAGGAGGGGGCGACUGGGCCGACUCGCCAUCUGUCCUCAGCCACCUUGGGGAUGGGAAGAAGAACGGGUCUGGCUGGGAUGCUGACCACGGUCGGCCGGGGUCGGGCUGGAGCGAGGCCACCAGGUCUGGGACCAGUGGGUGGGGCGGUGGCACAAGCUCGAAGAUUAAUCCAGGUACAAGCUGGGGGGAGUCUUUAAAGACUGGUCCCCAACAGAACUGGGCUAACAAACCCCAAGAUAGUGGCAUGAGUCACUGGGGGGGAGCUGCGUCUGUUAAGCAGACAGGAACAGGGUGGGUUGGGGGCCCCGUGCCACCCAAGCAGAAGGCCAGCAGCGAGGCCACAGGCUGGGAAGAACCCUCUCCACCCUCCAUUCGACGCAAAAUGGAAAUCGAUGACGGUACCUCAGCUUGGGGCGACCCAAGCACCUACAACAACAAAACUGUUAACAUGUGGGAUCGAAACAACCCAGUCAUGCAGAGCAGUACCACCGCCAACACCACUGCUGCCGCUGCCACCACCAGUAACAACGCAAACCGCGUGGAGACGCCGCCCUCGCACCAGGCCAGCACACAGCUGGCCCGAUCCCCACUGCUUGGCUCAGUUUCGUCAGGCUGGGGAGAAAUGCCUACUGUUCAUUCAAAGGCCGAAAACUCUUGGGGAGAGCCGCCCCCUCCUUCCACCCUGGUGGACAACGGCACAGCAGCGUGGGGGAAGCCCCCCAGCAGUGGCAGCGGAUGGGGCGACCAUCCUGCUGAACCAGCGGUGACCUUUGGGAGAGCCAGUGGCCCUGCUGCUGCCCCAGCCCUGUGCAAACCAGCUUCAAAAUCUAUGCAAGAAGGCUGGGGCAGCGGGGGGGACGAGGGGCGCCUCAGCACCAGUCAAUGGGAGGAGGAAGACGGGGACGCGUGGAGCAAUGCCGCUUCCCAAGAUGGCACCUCCUCCUGCGGCUCCUGGGGCAGUGCCUCCAAAAAAGGACUUCAAAAGGGCUUGAAGACGUCCAGCAAGCAGGACGACGCCUGGAUCCUGACACGGCUCAUCAAACAACUCACUGACAUGGGCUUCCCGAGAGAACCAGCCGAGGAGGCCUUGAAGAGCAACAAUCUGAGUCUCGAUCAGGCCAUGAGUGCUCUGCUGGAAAAGAAGGUGGACAUGGACAAGCGUGGACUGGGAGUGACCGACUAUAAUGGAAUGGUCACCAAACCCCUCGGCUGCCGCCCACCAAUCUCCAAAGAGUCUUCCGUGGACCGCCCCACCUUUCUCGACAAGGACGGCGGCCUCGUGGAAGAGCCCACUCCUUCACCAGUUUUGCCUUCACCUAGCCUGAAGCUCCCCCUUUCCAACAGCAGCGUGCUCCCCGGCCAGACCUUGAGUGGCAUGGCCUCAGGGCUGGGCAUUCAAAACUUGAAUUCUUCACGACAGAUACCGAGUGGCAAUCUGGGUAUGUUUGGCAACAGCGGAGCAGCACAAGCCAGGACCAUGCCGCCACCGCCGCCGCCACCACCACCAGCGCAGCCCCUCAGCUCCUCCCAGCCCAGUCUCCGUGCUCAAGUGCCUCAGUUUCUAUCCCCUCAGGUUCAAGCACAGCUUUUGCAGUUUGCAGCAAAAAACAUUGGUCUCAACCCUGCACUAUUAACCUCGCCAAUUAAUCCUCAGCAUAUGACGAUGUUGAACCAGCUCUAUCAGCUGCAGCUGGCAUACCAACGUUUACAAAUCCAGCAGCAGAUGUUACAGGCCCAGCGUAAUGUGUCCGGACCCAUGAGGCAGCAGGAACAGCAAGUGGCGCGCACAAUCACUAACCUGCAGCAGCAGAUUCAGCAGCAGCAGCGUCAGCUGGCCCAGGCCCUGCUCGUGAAGCCGCCCCCGCCACCUCUGUCUCUGCACCCCUCUGCAGGCAAAUCCGCCAUGGACAGCUUCCCCCCACACCCCCAGGCACCCAGCCUCCCCGACCUGCAGACCAAAGAGCAGCAGUCUUCACCCAACCCCUUCGCUCCUUACCCCCUCGCCGGACUGAACCCAAACAUGAAUGUAAACAGCAUGGACAUGGCUGCCAGCCUGUCCGGGAAGGAGCCGUCUCCGUCCCAGUCACGCCUGCCCCAGUGGACACACCCCAACUCCAUGGAGAGUUUGCCCAGUGCUGCCUCUCUGGACCACAACCCCAGCAAGCUCGGUGCUAUCCCUGGAGGUCUGAGUAUAGGGCCUCCAGCCAAGUCGGCCAUUGACGACUCCUACAGCCGGUACGACUUAAUCCAGAGCGGUGAGUCACCGGCCAGCCCGCCCGUAGCCGUCCCCCACAGCUGGGCCCGCGCCAAAGCCGACAGUGACAGGAUCUCUAAUGGCUCCAGCGUCAGCUGGCCCCCAGAAUUCCAGCCUGGAGUUCCGUGGAAAGGACUUCAGAAUAUUGAUCCCGAGAACGACCCUGACGUCACUCCAGGCAGUGUCCCCACGGGGCCCACGAUUAACACCACCAUCCAGGACGUUAACCGCUACCUCCUCAAGAGCGGAGGGCCCUCCCCGUCAUCCUCCCAGAGUGCCACACUGCCUGCCGCCAGUGCCUGGCCUCUCAGUGCCUCCGGCUACAGUAGCUCUCUCAGCAGCAUGGCAUCCGCACCUAGUAUUGCAGGCAAGCUGUCAGACAUCAAGUCCACCUGGUCCUCCGGCCCCGCCACCCACACCCAGGCCUCUCUGUCUCACGAGCUGUGGAAGGCGCCCCGAAACCCGAGUGCACCCACCCGACCACCACCCGGGCUCACCAACCCCAAGCCCUCCUCCACCUGGGGAGCCAGCCCCCUCGGCUGGACCAGCUCCUACUCCUCAGGUUCUGCUUGGAGUACUGACACCUCAGGAAGGACCAGCAGCUGGCUUGUUCUUCGAAACCUCACACCCCAGAUCGAUGGCUCCACGCUGCGGACGCUGUGCUUACAGCAUGGUCCUCUCGUCACAUUCCACCUCAACCUGACGCAAGGGAACGCCGUGGUCCGCUACAGCUCCAAGGAGGAGGCCGCCAAGGCCCAGAAGUCCCUGCACAUGUGUGUACUGGGCAACACCACCAUCCUGGCUGAGUUUGCCGGAGAGGAGGAAGUGAACCGUUUCCUGGCACAGGGCCAGGCGCUGCCUCCCACCUCCAGCUGGCAGUCCAGCUCCGGAACCAGCCAGGCCCGGCUGGGUGCCUCGGGCAGUGCCCACGGUCUCGUGCGUGGUGACGCCGGCCACUGGACCGCCCCAUGCUUGGGCGGCAAGGGCAGCAGCGACCUGCUGUGGGGCGGGGGGCCCCAGUACUCGAGCAGCUUGUGGGGCCCCCCUAACGCAGAUGACAGCAGGGUGAUCGGCAGCCCCACCCCGCUGAACACGCUGCUUCCGGGAGACCUCCUGAGCGGGGAGUCCCUCUAGGCUGGAGAGGGCCUGGCCUCUGUCCUGGGGAGGGACCCUCGGCGCCUGCGCGCUGCCACCGCAGCCCCUGAGAACUGUUGGCUCCACAGUGCGGGCUGCCUGGUCGGCGUCGUGUGCUAAUGACAGGAUCGUUCCACAGCUUCUGAUUUGGUGUCGUCGUCGUCUCCGCCGCCGCCGCCCUACUUUGGUACGGAGUGGUGUCGUUUGGUUUUAAGUGUAAAGCUGCUUAGACUAGUGUAUCAUGAAGGGCACUUUCCGACCGGGGCUGGAAAGGGUUAUUUUAUCACUGC